ACGACCCUCUAUAUAGACUAAUUUGCCCAACUUCUUCAUUCCACACAUCGUCCCCCUUCUCCCUCUAAAGAGUAGAGACCUUUAAGAAAAAUGCAUUAUCACAUUGAGAUAAUGAUGAGUAGCAUUUUCAUUUGGCUUCCUCUCCUCUUUCUCUUAACAAAAAAGCUUCUUCACAACAAAAACAACAACCUUGUUAAUCCUCCUCCAAGCCCUCCAAAGCUUCCUUUAUUAGGUCAUUUACACCUCCUUGGCUCCCACCCUCAUCGCUCUUUAUACAACCUUUCACAAAAAAAUGGCCCCAUCAUGCUCCUGAAACUCGGUUCCGUCCCAACCAUCGCCAUCUCUUCUGCAACAGCCGCCAGAGAGCUAUUCAAACACCACGAUCUCGCAUCUUGCAGUCGCCCUCGCUUAACGGGAACUGGAAGAUUUUCAUACAACUUUCAAGAUCUGAAUUUAUCCCCACACGGGGAGCGUUGGAGAGAGCUUCGAAAGAUUUUCAUGACCGAGCUAUUUAGUACUAAACGAGUGCAAUCAUUUUAUCAUAUAAGAGAAGAGGAAAUUGAUAAGCUAUUAAAAUUUAUAUCUAAUUCCUCAUCUCUUGGCACUCCAAUUGAUUUGGCUAAAACCUCAUAUGCUCUCACUGCAAAUGUAAUCUUUAGAAUGGCUUUUGGGAAAAAGUUCAGUGGUGGAGAAUUAGAUAAUGAGAAUUUUCAACAUAUUAUUCGUAGAUCAAUGGUUGCAUUGGGAAGCUUUUUUGUGAGUGAUUUUUUCCCUCGUGUGGGUUGGCUUGUUGAUUGGAUUAGUGGAGCUUAUGGGACAUUGGAGAAGAGUUUUGGUGAAAUGGAUGCAAUUUUUCAAAAAGUGGUCGAUGAUCGAAUCAAGUUUAAGGAAAGUUAUCGAUCAAGUGAAGAAAAUAUUGUUGAUGUUUUGUUGAGAAUGGAGAGAGAUAGCUCCGAAUUUGAUACUGUGAAAUUUACACACGAGUGUGUCAAGGCACUUAUCAUGGAUAUAUUUCUAGCAGGAGUAGAAACAGGAGAAAACAGCAUAGUUUGGGCAAUGACAGAACUUAUUAAAAAUCCAAGGGUAAUGAAAAAGCUACAAGAUGAGAUCCGAAGCACCAUUAAAGAAGAUCGAGUGAAGGAGAGCGAUCUCCAAAACCUUCAAUAUCUAAACAUGGUGAUUAAAGAAGUUUUAAGGCUUCAUCCACCAGUCCCACUUUUGUUACCCAGAGAGGCCACGUCACAUUUUAAGCUAAAUGGUUAUGAUAUUCAUCCAAAAACUCAUAUUUACGUGAAUGUAUGGGCAAUUGGAAGAGACCGAGAAUCUUGGAAAAACCCACUGGAGUUUUUUCCAGAAAGGUUUAUAGAAAGUAAUAUUGAUUAUAAAGGACAAAACUUUGAGUUAAUUCCUUUUGGAGCUGGUCGAAGAAUUUGUGCAGGGAUGACUAUGGGGAUUAUUAUUGUGGAACUUGCAUUGGCAAACAUGUUGUUGUGUUUUGAUUGGAAAUUGCCAAAAGGAGUGAAGGAGGAAGAUGUGGAUAUGGAAGAAGAUGCUGGUCUUUCAGCUUCCAAGAAACUGCCUCUUCAACUUAUUCCAAUCCCUUACUUAAGUUUGGAUUAAUAGUUUAAUCGCUAUCUAUAUAUUGAAGAAUAAUAAUGAAUAAUUAUUACCCCAAAUGUAGAUAUAACAAAUUAGUUAAUGUUGUAUGAAAUGUAAUCAUAUGUAGUACUGCAUGGUGUUAUGGAUUAUGGAAUUGGCUAUGGUCUCUGUUCAAGAAUGUUUGAGUUUUGUUUCUCGGAUUGUUUUAGUGAUAUUUAUACAGAAAUUAUAUUGUGUCUCA